AUGGCUGAGAGUGACUGGCCCAAAACGGGCCCCAUGGCCGCCCAGGCCAAGUCCAAGCAGGCCAUCUUAGCAGCUCAGAGAGAAGGAGAAGAUGUGGAGGCUUCCAAGAAAUGGGCCGCCGGCCAGAACAAGCAGCAUUGGAUCACCAAGAACACAGCCGAGCUGGACCUGGAGACUGAGGAGCUGCACCACGACCGGGUGACCCUGGAGGUGGGCAGGGUGAUCCAGCAGGGCCGGCAGAGCGAAGGGCUGACGCAGAAGGACCUGGCGACGAAAACCAACGAAAAGCCACAGGUCGUCGCUGACCGUGAGAGGGGCCGGGCCAUUCCUAACAACCAGGUUCUGGGCAAAAUCGAGAGAGCCAUCGGCCUUAAGCUCCGGGGGAAAGACAUUGGGAAGCCGAUCGAGAAGGGGCCGAGGGCGAAAUGAACGCAAAGCUUCGAAAUCAGCGCGUUCCGGCUGAUCUCGUCUGGCUGGUUCCCC